CCCCCCCUAAAAACCCCCCAUGGCAACAACCUCCCAUAAAAAAUCACCCCCACACAAAGCAGCACCCGUGAAGAAUCCGUACCUUCAAUAUGAGAAAUGAGAGAAUCCUCAGCAGCCAGAACUCACCAACUUCUGCAGCACAUUUUUUGGAUCAGAGUCAGUUCUCCCAAAGUGCUCCCGACAGAUGCACAGCCAGCUCCUGCACCCAGUAGUUCAUACGGGGCCAUCAGAGACUCUUCUCUCUCUCUCACAAGGGGUGUGCCCGUUUCCAUAGCAACCAGAGAAAAAUAAAAUAAAUUCCCAAAUGGACAAUCGCACCACCACUUCAUCCUCCACCACACCCACCACCAGCACCCCCUCUGCCACCCCCCACCCCCUCCCCCCGCACCACCCCCUCAACUUCUUCCUGGCCAACCCCACCUUAAUGUUCCCAAAUCUCCACGGUAACCAUGGCAACAUGGACCUCCUCCAAUUAAACCUUCUCCUCCAAGCCGCCGCAUUUUACAACUCCCAACAACGAAAUAUUUUAUACUCUUCUGAAGAUUUACGAAGAAUUGCCGUUGCCACGGAAACCAAUUUAAAUCACCAUCAUCAACAACCAAGAUUGUUUCCACAGCAACAACAACCUCAGGAUUUAACCAGGCAACAAAGAUCUUCCGUCGUUGCCACGGCAACCACAACUACGACGACUCCGGUGACGACCGGAGGGAGGAGUUCACGGCCAAAGAAGCAAUUUAUCUGCAAAUAUUGUCAAAGACACUUUACAAAAAGUUACAAUUUGUUAAUUCACGAAAGGACGCAUACGGAUGAGCGGCCUUAUUCGUGCGAUAUCUGCGGGAAGGCGUUUAGGAGGCAGGAUCACUUGAGGGAUCAUCGCUACAUCCACAGCAAGGAAAAACCCUUUAAAUGCACGGAAUGCGGAAAGGGUUUCUGUCAAUCCCGAACCCUCGCGGUCCACAAAAUCCUCCACCUCGACGAGUCCCCCCACAAAUGCCCCGUCUGCGCACGCGCCUUUAACCAGCGCUCCAAUUUAAAAACCCACCUCCUGACCCACACCGACCUCAAACCUUACGAAUGCACCACCUGCUCCAAAGUUUUUCGGAGAAACUGCGACCUCCGCCGCCACUUAUCCGAGGUUCACAACUUGCAAAUUGACGAUCCCGAUUCGGACAGCGUGACGGAUUUGGAUUCCCGAGAUGCGAGUAAAACCAAGAAAAAAUCCACCUUUCUCAUUUCCGACAUUAUGAAAUAGGUUUUAUUUAUUUAUUGUAUAAAGACAAUCAAUUUAUAAGUGUAAAAAAAACCAUGACAACAUUUUUUUUUAUAAACAAUAAAUAAA